AUGGCUCCGGCCACCCCCAGCUCAUCUCCCCGUGGGGCAGCCCCGCUCUGCCGCUCCCUGAGGCGGUGGCAGAAUCGCUGCCCAGAAAACUGGCGGCAGCAGGACUCCAGCGAGAAGAAAGCUGUCAGGCAAAAGCCAGAAAGAGAGGCAUUUGCGUGGAUAGGGGACGAACCCGACCCCGUGUUAAAAAGCUUUCCAGAAAAGCUGAAAGUACUUCUUAUUUACAGGUUUCCUCUUACAAGACCUGAUCUUUGCAAGAAAUGGGAAGCUGCUGUUAAAAGGAAAAACUUCAAGCCAACCAAGUAUAGCAGCAUUUGUUCAGAACACUUUACUCCCGAUUGCUUUAAAAGGGAAUGCAACAACAAGCUUCUGAAAGAAAAUGCUGUGCCCACAAUAUUUUGUUAUACUGAGCCCAGUGAAAAGCCUGAAGAAUUUGCAGAACAGCCAGAAGAUCCACUACCGCCGCCUCCGCCGCCGCCACCGCCGCCGCCACCACCACCACCACCACCACCAGCUGCUCCAGCACUACCACCGUCUCCAUCAACUCCUUCUUUUCAUUUGUCUCAAAUAGAUGCCAGAUUCGUAGAUCCAAGUAUUGGAUUAUUGAUGCCUCCUCUCCAGACCCCUAGCAAUCUUGCUGUUUUUUGUGAUCACAACUAUACCGUAGAGGAUACAGUUCAUCAGCGAAAAAGAAUUCAGCAGCUGGAGGAACAAGUUGAAAAACUGCGGAAGAAGCUCAAGACAGCACAACAGCGAUGCCGGCGUCAGGAAAGACAAAUUGAAAAACUGAGAGAGAUCGUUCAGUUUCAGAAAGAAAAAGACAUAUUGGCAGGAAAAGGCUAUGUGAUUCUGCCCAAUGACUAUUUUGAAGUUGUAGAAGUACCUGCCUAGAAGUCAUGAACACCGGUUUUCACUUUGCUCGGCCAAGAAAUUUAGUUUAAAAACUAAAUGCUCUCUAAUUCUGUGUGUAAGACUCUCCAGAAUUCUAAAACAGUAAAUAAGUAGUCAUACAAAUGAGAUCACAUUUUUUCUUCAUUAUCAUUUCAGUUCGAUACACUUUUAAUAUAUUGAAAAUGCAAGCAUCUCAGAAUUAGAAUAUACAUCUGGUUUACAAAAUCUGAAUUGCUUUACAGAAGGAAAGGAUGCAAGGUUGAAUACAUUUUAAAUCUUUUAAUUUUUU